AUGUACAGAACAGCUUUACCCCUUCUUACCCUCCUCGUGUAUGCCGCCCUCAAUUUCACCCAAGCAGUGACCAGGCAGAGAAAUUUAUUUAUAACCCCAGUGCGUAAUAAAGUAGACACGUAUAAAACGUACUAUGGGUCGCCCAUAAGCGUGAAGAGGGGGGCCACAUGGAGGAAAACCACCGAGCCAAUUCCCCGUAGGAACGUUAAUGUCCUAUAUGACAGAGUCAAAGAUAGCCACGCUGUAAAGGAAAGAGAAAGUGAUACAAUCGAAAUGAACGGAGUAGUAGACCAAUGUCUGGCCAACACUAACUUUGUGGUUCGAAUUCCAAAUGGAGAGACCUUCUUAUGUUUCAUCUCAGGAAAAUUGAGAAUCAAUAAGGUGAAAAUUAACCUGGGGGAUAUGGUCAAAAUACAAAUACAUAAGUUGAACUUUGAGAAGCGCAGAGGGAAAAUUGUGUUUAGGUAUUUGCAGCACGCCGCCCUGGGGGGGAAGAAGUGCUGA